GCCGACAUCAACUGGCGGGCACUAGAGAAGUGAAGGAGAGAGAAAGAGAGAAGAGAGAGAGAGAAGAGAGAGAUGAGGCCCACACCGAUGGAGUACUACGCAGAACUAGACGACCAGGGAGCCACGGUGGCCAUGGACGUCGACGAUGUUGAUCCUCUCGAGAUCUUCGGUGAGGGCGUCAUCUCCGUCGAUAACAAGCUCGCCGACGCCGACUUCUUCAACAGCUUCGAGGACGAUUUCGAUGAUUCCGACAUCAACUGAUCUCCUAUUCGCCAUCACUGCUUCCUCUUUUCACUUCUAGGGUUUCCUCUUUCUAAUUUUCUUCAUAUUUCUCUCUUGGGUAAUCUCUUUUGUAUCUCUACGUGAAUAUCAAUCGGAAUUUCGUUUGAAUUUGCCUUAUGUUUCUGAUGGAAGUGAAGGAUGCUUGUUUCAAUUAAGGUUUCCGACAUGAAGCCCCUGUUCUUUUACCUAUAAAAAGAAACAAAACCGAAAAUUAGGUUCUAAUGUUUAUUGUA